ACAUACAUACACGUCAUUUCAGACAUCAAAGCUAGCUAAAACAAGUAUAUAAUUGAGUAGGAAAGAGCUAGCUAGGGAGUGAAAUGGGUACCUUCUUGUGGUGGAUUACAGCUGUUUUGGUAUUCGCCGUCGGUGUGACGGUGAAUGCUUGCGCGCCGCAUGAUAUGGAAGCGUUGCUGGCCUUCAAAGCUGCUUUAAACGAGCCUUAUUUGGGCAUCUUCAACUCGUGGACCGGUAACGAUUGUUGUAGUAACUGGUACGGCAUUACUUGUGACCCGACUACGAAACGGGUUGCGGAUAUAGCCCUCCGUGGAGAGUCCGAAGACCCGAUUUUCCAGAAGGCUAAGCGUACGGGGUACAUGACCGGUUCCAUCUCUCCAGCUAUAUGCAAGUUGGAGAGGCUAUCCAAUGUCAUUCUUGCCGAUUGGAAGGGCAUUUCUGGUAUUAUACCUCCCUGCAUAACCUCUCUGCCUUUCCUCCGUCACAUAGAUCUCGUCGGAAACCAAAUCUCCGGUGGUAUCCCUUUUGAUAUCGGCAAGCUUAGCCUCCUGACGGUUUUGAACCUGGCAGACAACAAAAUUACUGGAACGAUCCCGAGGUCGCUCGCAAAUAUAUCUACAUUGAUGCAUUUGGAUCUCCGAAACAACAUGAUCUCGGGAAUUAUACCACAAAACUUUGGUAGGCUUCGCAUGCUAAGUCGUCUUCUGCUGAGCGGCAACCGCAUUUCCGGACUGAUUCCGAACACUGUUCCUCACAUGUAUCGCCUGUCCGAUCUCGAUCUCUCGUUAAAUCAGAUCUCCGGACCGAUUCCUGAAUCACUUGGAAAAAUGGCGGUGCUGGCGACGUUGAACCUAGACGGAAACAUGAUUUCCGGUAAAUUACCGGCAACAUUGAUAAAUUCUGGCAUUAGCAUUCUGAACCUUAGCAAAAACGCUAUCGAAGGCAGCAUCCCGGACGUGUUUGGGCCUAGAUCUUACUUCAUGAUGAUGGAUUUAUCAUAUAACAAACUGACAGGUCCGAUUCCAAAGUCGAUAUCGUCGGCAUCAUAUGUCGGACAUCUUGAUCUGAGCCAUAAUCAUCUUUGUGGAGCGAUUCCGGCCGGUUCGUGGUUCGAACACCUUGAAGCAUCGUCGUUUACUUACAAUGACUGUCUGUGUGGAAAGCCUCUUCAAGCUUGUUAAUUAUAGUUAUAUGUUAAUUAGUCGCCGGUCGGCGCCGUUCUAAGGAUAAACAUAGUAACGGAAAUCUGUUUCAGUUUCCGAUUCCAGUUCGGCAAGUUUGAGCAGUUGGUUUUUACCGUG